AUGUCUCGUUCCGCAGGCCCGGGACCGACCACGGUCUCGACGACUCGACCGCAGCAGUAUCAGCUUGUUUCUCCUGGCACACCAGCUGAUCCUCGGUCAAUGAGCCAAAAUAACAAGGACCAAUUGGUCCAGUCUCUUCGAACUCAUCGAGUCAACACCAUCACCGAGCUACGUCGUAUCGAAAAGAUCUUUGCGUUUCUAGAUUCUGCCGAAGUAACUGAGCCAAUGACCACGGCAUGGGCUCAUUAUGUGAACUCGAACAACCUGCUGAAUGAACUUCGGGGCUUGACCAGGACCUACCCAUUCAGUUCCGAGUGUCUUGAUGAAGCAAAAGCGAUGGUGGUACGCGACCCGAGUAGCACUCGGAGCUGGAACUACUGCUGGUUAGUUCUGGUGAAGAUGGAAAAGGAAAAUCUCAUUAUGAAACAUGCUCGUGCCCUGGCCUCCAAGGCAAGCACCUGGGGAGGUCGUCGGCCUACGAAAGAAGAGUUCGACCGCCUUGUCAACGCCUGUGUGGCGGAAUGGACUCGAGCCCUCCGUCAAAUGCUCAAGCACUGGGACAAGCCCCCGAGCACGACUGGAAAUUAA